AUGUCAGAUUCAAACAACCCCCCAAAAGAAGCUGCUGCAGGUUCCUCAGGGCCCAGGUUCAACAUCAGCACCCCGUCCAAUGUAGGACGAUCGUAUGUCAACAACAGUCCGGUCUUCCCUGGCUAUGGAUCUGGGACGAAUGCAGCGAAUGCAGCGAAUGCAGCAAACGCAACAAGCGCGAACAAUGCGAACAAUGUGACGAAUCCGACUGUUGCGACAAAUGCUACAGCCCAGAGCGACACGACUGACUCGGACUGUGUUGAUCCUUCGGACAGUUUGGGCAUACACCCGCAGAGAAUGCCUGAUGGCCACCAUUUCGACAAGACUAUCCCCCUCCUCAUUCAGCCAGACAGUCUGGUUUCAAGAACAUAUCCACUUCUUCAUCGAGUCAUUGCGGGCCGACUGAGGACAAGCCUGGCUCUGAGGGGCGGACGACCGGUCUCCCGGUGCUCGCACAAGUACAGCCUAGGCGCGAGCAGAAUGAUCCAGAAAAAAUACAGACCUGACAGCCAUUGCUUCCAAAUGAACGUUCGGAGGGAACCGAGCCGAUCAAGGAAGCUCGAUGAGAACCAAAAGGCCGAGGAAAGACUCGCGGGUAUGUGCAAAAGGCUUCGUCGGACGGUGAGACUAUCUGGUCGCAUUGGUUCUGGAGGCUUCGGCACCGUGUUCCUUGCCCACAAACACACUCCUAACGGACAGGCUAACUUUGCCAUCAAGGUUCAGGAACAUAACACCAUUGCGACCAUGGAGUUUGUGGGACAAACUGAAAACGAAAUGAUGUUCUUUGAAGAGGGUGGAAAUGUUCGUUAUAUACCACGUGAAGCAAUGAUCAUGCUCUUAUUGACUCGCAGCCCAAGGUUUCCAACCCUCCACUCUGUCUACACUGAGAAGGACAAAAUCGCGAUCGUCAUGUCUGCUUGUAUGGAUUACGAUACACUCCAACUCUCGGAGGCAAUGAACGAGUGGGACAACGCCUGGGCCGUUGAAGGGUUUCAUCUCCGCACUCCUACCAAGAAGCCAAGGUUGAAUGAGCUUGAGGCCUGCAAGGUGUCGACGCAGCUCUUGGAAGCAUUCGCUUACCUCCGUGAUAUGAACCUCACAUAUGACGACCUAUCCUAUCGCAAUUACCUUGUGGGCGAGAAUCUUGACACAGAACUGAUCGACUUUGGAUUAAUGGGCUUUGGGCUCAAUGAUCGGGAUUUCAUGAACCCCUUCUACACUUACCUCUUUUGGCAAGAAUAUCAACUGCCUCCAGAGGUUGCAGUCGAGUUGCUGAAGCCAGAACGGCGCAAACAGGUGAGAGAAACACCAGGAGGAAUCGUACAUGUCAAUUGCAGAAAUGAUACGCGUCAAACCGCGCUCUGGAAAUAUGCCGUGGAGGUGUUUUGUUUGCUGCAUGGAUACGCGCCCUGGGAGGAUCCGAAAUACGACCGUGCCAUAGGUACCGUUGGCGAUUUCGCUGUGAAGAUUAUCAAUAACCGGUACAAGGAGCCUCAUGAAUCAUACGACCAAGGAAAACGUUGGGACGCGGCUUAUGCCAGACGGAAGCGAAUGAUCAACGAGGAAUUGGCUGUUCGGGAGGAUUUGUCGCAGGACUGCGUGGACGCGCUGCGAACGAUGCUCCAAAGGGACCCAGAGCAGCGACCAAGACUCAGCGAGCUGACUUCGUUCCCUUGGUUCGGCCAAUGGGCUUAUCACAUUGACAGGUUGUUCGAGCGACCAGAUAUACCUCGCGAGUGUUUUGAGCGAAGGUAG